CGCCGCGCGUUCAUGGCGCUCGCCGCGAACCGCGCGGCCAUGGCGCUCGCCGCUCUGCGCGUCCUGCUGGGUGGCUUCUUCUCGCUCACGGGCUUGGCCAAGCUCUCGGGUCAGAUCUCCGCUCCCGCGGCCGAGCAGAUGAAAGCCCUGUUCACGCAGUUUGCUGAGGUGUUCCCCUUGAAGGUUUUCGGCUACCAGCCAGAUCCCGUGAGCUACCAAGUGGCUGUGGGCUGGCUGGAACUGCUGGCUGGGUUGCUGCUGGUCCUGGGCCCACCGAUUCUGCAAGACAUCAGUAACAUGCUUUUGACCCUCCUCAUGAUUGGGGCUGUCUUCAAUUUGGUACUUCUGAAAGUGUCGCUGAGCACCUACGUUCCUGCCAUCAUGUGCCUGGGGCUCCUGCUGCUGCUGGAUAUCGGCCAGAUCUUUGUCCCAACAAAGAAGGUGGUCAGACCCAGUAGGAAGAGGACUUCAAGUGUUUUCAAGAAGUUGAGGGAGUAGAGUGUCUCUUGCCUCUGCUUGCCAUGCUGCCAUCACAGCAGGAGCACGCAGAACAAAGUCUCCUACUCCCUUGUUACUGAUCUGUCCAAGCUUGAAAUACGGCCAGUGCUGAAAUAGACAUCCUGGUCCUGGUUUCUCAGACAUUUACUCUUUAACAUACUAACAUUCUUCACGUCAUGUAAAAAUAGGAAAGAAAUGGAAAAGAAAUUCAAGUUACCCCAAAAUUUAAUGACCCCAAAGAACUUGUGAUUCCUUUGUAUAACUCUACCUCUCUAUUUUUUCUAUACCUUAAUACAGAUUUUUUAAAUGAAAAUAAGAUCAUAUAUACUACUUUGUUUGCUGCUUUUUAAACACUAACAUUCCAUGUAUAUUUUACCUCAUUGAUGUUAAUGACUACAUAGUAUUCCACUGUAAGGAUGUGCUGUAAUUAUUUGCUCAAACUCUCACUGAGGAAUAUUUGGAUUGCUCUCAAUGUUUUACUGUUACUUCACAGUAGAUCACCUUUGCAUACUUAUUUUUUUUUCUCUAGAAGUGAGAGUGCUAGUUCAAAGGAAUGUACCUUUUAAAGGGCUUUUAUUACAUACUUAAAAUUUAUACAUGGCGUAUGGCAGGCUAUAAAUGCCUGCUGCCUGUAUCCUGAGCCACAUGAGGUAUUCCCUCCCAUUGCUUUCUGUCUCUGGCACUUCAGAUUUGCAGAGCUAACAAGGAUGAGAUUUUAGUAGUCAUUUUCUAGCACCUGAAACCGCCAACCUUGGGUGGUAAGGUGGGACACUCAGAGCAGUGCUCCUUGACACUUGCGUGGAGUACAGGGAUACAACCAACUCCAUGCUAAAGUAGGGCCAGAAGCCUGGGAUGAAUCCAGAAGUCCUAGGGUGUUGGAGGGUGUGUAUGUGUGUGACAAUUCUCAAGGGAAAGGUGACCAUGUUAGGCUACCUAGUAAGGGAUCACCAACCAUCUUUCCCUCAGUGGGGGGGGGGGCAUUUUUGGAAGUGAUGUGCUUCCCUUAGGGAAAAUAGGAAAAAGCUCACUGAUUUAUGUAUCUACUCUAGCUUCCAACCUACAGACUGCUUUGAGGGUAGGAACAACACCUUCAGAGGUUCACAAGAGUGAAAGAAGCCUGUAUUAUGCUCCAUUUCAACUUCACUACAGAAUGGCAAUUCUUGCUCUGACACUGACUAGCUGUGAGCCUCAGAUUAGUUGACAAGUUAGAUCUUCUUGUGUCUGAAAGCACAGUGAUGUAAUUUACCCAUAGCAGGUGUGUGUACAUAUAUGUAUACUAAUGUGUACACACUAGUAUAUAUAGGACUAAUUUAUGUAUAGUACAUAAAUAUGUUGGCAUGUGUGUACUACAUAAGACAGAGUGUCAAACAAUAAGGAAACUUCCUCCCACAAAGAAGGUCCAGAGAUAACACCCAGUUUCAAUGGGUAAUUUGGCUGCUUAACAACGACAUCAGACACCGUCAACUUUCUGCUCUGUUGCUUUCAAUUUAUUGGCUGCUACCCUCAGGGUUGCAAAAUAGUUGCAUCAGUUCCAGACGGCACAUUUUGCACAAUCCAAAGGUGAAAAGAGUGAAGAAAGCUCUCUUAGAAGACCCCUAUUUCCCCUCACAUCCCACUGGCAAGAAUUGUGUCAUUCCCAUUCCUAAGCCUGCUAUUGGCAAGGGGAGUGGAAUUCCGUCAUGGAAUUAGACUAGCUAAAAAUUACCCACACUAAAAUCAACAAGCAACUAUAAACCAGAGACACACUGCCAGAGGGGUGGGGGGGGA